CUAUCCUUCCUUCCUUCGAAGCCUCCUGUUCUUUACAUUCUUAGUCCGCCUGUGGCGAUUUUACUUUCAAACUUCCUUCUUUAUUGUUUCUUCCGCGCAGUCCGGCACAGCGUUCUUUUAAACCUUUACGUUCUCUAGCCCCGGAGGUUUCAACCCAUCAUACCCUAAUCUUAUUAUUAUCGACAACAUGCGCUUGCUCGCCGUUUCAGCCGUCUUGUUCCUUAACGCCGCGCUUGCAGUGCAAGCUGCGCCUCUUGCCCACGCCCACCAUCCGAGAGGCUUUGAGCUCGUUGCUCGUAACGGUGGCCGCGGUGGCGAUAACAACAGGAGGGAAGAGGAGAAGAGGAGAUACGACGAGAGGAAGAAACAGCAGGAAGAGGAGGAGAAACAGCAAGAGGAGGAGCUGCAGAGGUUGUUGGAGCAACUCCAACAGGAGCAGGAGAAGAAGGAGGAGGACGAAAGGAAGAAGGUGCAGGACGAACUCAAGAAGGCGGAGGAGCUGAGGAGGCAGAACCGUGAUAGGUAUGAAAACAAGGACGUUGUUGUCGUCGUUGUCCAGAUCAUAGUGAUUGUGGACUCCCAAGGAAACCCCUCCCCCCCGCAGCCACAUACUGUAGCCAAGGUCCUCUACAAACAAGAGGGUGCUGUCGCUACUGAGACUCAAUAUGCCACUGAACCGGGGACCCUCACACUCGUCCAAACCGAAGCAGCAGCCAACGCUACCGAGGCCGCUGGUGCCACGGCAACAGAGAUCACUGUUACUGAUGCCACCGCUACUGAGACCGCGGCCGAGACCGCAGCCGAUGGAGCUGAGGCCACCGCGACCGACACCGCAGGUGUUGAGGCAACCGGGUCUGCUCCCACCGCCGGUCCUACGGCUACGGCUACCGCGACCGCUCCCCCCACCGCCCCUACGGGCAACCCGACCGCUCCCGUAACCACCACUUCGGCAGCUACUGCUCCACCCGGAGGCACCCCCACUGCUCCCGUCGCAGUCUAAAAUCAGUUUUUUUUUAUAUUUUUAUAUGACUGAUGGAUAAGAAAGCUAUGGUACUGCUGGCACUCUACCCACACAUCUAGAAGGAGUGAAUAUUGUCUGACGAUUAAGAAUGUCCCCAUUUUCCAUUUUCCGUUAUUUCCCUUCCCUCUCUCUCCCUCUCAUGCUUUCCUGGAAGGUGGUGGUCAUCAUGUAAUUUAAUAAAUUAUUUUCAUAUUAUUAUUUCCUUCAUACACGACUCAAUUCAAUUUGUUGUUACUGCA